AUGGCUGGAACUAGAAAUCCAAGUUCUCAAAGCUUUCGUGGUCUUCGUCUAGUUCUUAUCCUCCUUCUGGUGUUGAGUUUUAGUCUUGUUGGGUUAAUGGAAGCUCGGCCAUUGACCAAGGAAAGAGGGACAAUGGAGGGUUUGUCAGUUGGGAUGAUGAAGAGUUCAGGGCCAAGCAAAGGUGGUGGAGGACACAGAGGCAGGGUGCAUACUCGGAUUCUACCUGAGCAAAUCAAAGACAAAUCUGGCCCCAGCCCUGGUGUUGGCCACGGGUAUUCUGGUGCCGCUAUCAUGCACCCCUAA